UAAUUAUUGGUGGUGGACUGGUAGAGCAGCGAAUAACUUAGCAACCAGUGUUCGCCGGACCGCCACACCUCUAAGACGCGUCGCGGCUUCACUCUGCACGACAGCACGAUCUAAAUCACGCGGGACUACACACGUUUCGUACAAAUUCAUAAAAAAUAAAACAUUCCCACAGUUGAAGAUUUGCUAACUAAGCACAUUCAACCGGCAUUUUAGAGGUGCAUGCUGAAAUAUUUUAGAAAUUUCGCGACAAUGAAACCACCAGUGCAAGCUACCUUGUUACACGAUGUGGACAUCCCAACGAAGAAGGCUACCUUCGGCAUGGGCUGCUUCUGGUCCAACGACUCGCUGUUCGGCGCGACCCCUGGCGUUAUUCGCACACGUGUUGGUUACUCCGGAGGUACCACAAAAAAUCCACACUAUAGAGGAAUUGGCGACCAUACAGAGGUGAUAGAAGUGGAUUACGACCCUAAGACUGUGACGUAUGAAGAUCUGUUAGACAUGUUUUGGGCCAACCACGAAUACGGGCUCACCACUAAACUAAAAAGACAGUACCAGUCUUUGAUCCUGUACCAUGAUGAGGAGCAGCGACAAUUGGCUGAAACCUCCUACAAAGAUAUGCAGAUACGCUGCGAUGGCCAGCUCCGCACAGAGAUCGCGCCGGCCGGCAUCUUCUAUGCCGCUGAAGACUACCAUCAAAAGUACCGGUUGCAAGGUCAUAAGGACCUCUGCCGCAGUCUGGGACUGGAUUCUUCAAAGUUACAAUCAUCUCAUUUGGCUGCCAGGUUGAACGGAUACCUUGUUGGCGUCGGAGGUAUAACACAGUUCGAGAAAGAAGUGGCCCGUCUGGGACUAACAGAAAAACAAGCUGAAUAUGUACGAAGAGAGAUAGAACGCAACGAAGGCGGUGGUCUCGCGUGCUAGCUUAUAUAGUUUUCAACCAAAUAAUGCAUUCGUAAUAGAAUUUCAAACAAAUUCUUCUUCAGAAUACAUAUUAUUUUGAAAUUCAUAAUUUAAAGCCGUGUAGGUUACUAUCUAUGGUCUUCUUUAAAAUUUGGCUUUAAUAAGUUACCAACAACAACGCUAAUAUGCACAAAGUGUUUAUUCUUUGUCUCUGACAACGUUUACCUUUUCUUUUGUCUUUGGUAUGGUAGAACUUCUUAAAUACUCCUCAGUGUUUCAAAUAAAAUCUAACUUCGAAUAAAGGUGUUAAAGGACAGCGUUUAUGGUUUUCUGUCCUAUUUUAAAAUUAUUUAUGUUGCAUAUAAUUAAGCAAAAUUAGACACCUACUGUUUGAUAAUAUUUAAAAUCAUAUAAAAACUUGAUUUACUAGUUUUUUAUUACCGGUUCCAUAAAGUUAAUCUACUUAUUUUGUUAAAUAUAAAAAAAAAACUUGGACUUCGAACUUGAUUGCUCUAUGACGCAUAGUAACCAUGAUAUUAAAAAACAGGAAUCAUUCGAAUUUAUUAUAUUUGAAAUAAUCGUUAUUUUGUGCUUUUAUUCUGUCUUAAAAAAAUCACGAAAUGCAUAAUAUUCUUAUAUAUUUGUAAACAUACGUAUAAUAUAUUGUGAAUAGUGGUAAUUACACACUUUUCAGCAUUUCCAUUUAUUUUUAUUAUAUUUCCUUUAUUUUUUAAUUGUCAAACUAUCGUUUGUUAUUCAGUAUUAAGGUGAAUCACUCAUAAAUAAGCUUAGUUUAUAAUAAGUAUAAACACAGUUUUAUUUUUCUUCUCAUUAGAUGUAAAAUCAUAUAUAUGUGACAUUAUUAACUAAUUCGUCAUGUUUAGAAUUAAUAAAAAAAAAUGUAUUUUGUCAUUA